AUGAUGGACUACUUGACCGACAAGUUUGCCAUGAAGAGUCAACCGAUUAAAAGCAGCGAUUACUACUUGGGAUCGAGUGGCGGUCUGGACCAAGUUAUGGAGAGUUUAGACAGUGUGCAAUAUUAUAGCAAAACUUCGCCAAAGUGUGCUCAGGCCUUCUCUCUCCACAACAGCGAUCACACACGGAUGGAUAGAUCGUCUCCAGCUGAAAACCAAAACACGAAUUAUUGUGCCCCUAAAACUGAGGAGGACAGCCUGCACCCCGAGCUCAGCAGGCCGAUGGAGACUUGCUGCAACUUGAGAGCCUCACCAGUGACAACGGGUCAGGAAAAAACGGACUUGGACGAAAUUGGAGAAAAAUGCGACAGUAACGUUUCCAGCAGCAAAAAAAGACGGCACCGUACAACUUUUACGAGUGCUCAACUCGAAGAACUGGAGAAGGUUUUCCAGAAAACCCAUUAUCCGGACGUGUAUGUACGAGAGCAGCUGGCCAUGCGGACAGAACUCACGGAGGCUAGGGUUCAGGUGUGGUUUCAGAACAGGAGGGCGAAGUGGAGAAAAAGAGAACGCUACGGACAGAUUCAACAAGCCAAAAACCACUUUACAGCGACAUAUGACUUAUCAGUGUUGCCACGGACUGACAACUACCCCCAGAUUUCCAACAACCUCUGGACUGGUCCUUCUCCAGGCAGUUCAGUGGUAUCAUCCUGUAUGAUCCCACAUGGGUCUCCCCCUUGCGUGACUUCACCAUACCCCCACUCACCUCGUGCUGGAGAACAUGGUUAUGUGAGCUUCCCCAACCACCAGCAAAACCAGUUUGGCGUCAAUCACGUCUCCAUCAACAACUUCUUUGCUGACUCUCUCUUGGCCCCGUCGCCCAAUGGGCACGCAGCGUUCGAAACUAAGCCCGAGUUUGAGCGACGCUCCUCUAGUAUUGCGGUGUUGCGCAUGAAGGCUAAAGAGCACACAGCCAACAUCUCCUGGGCUAUGUGA